UGCACACACACACACAGACACACACACACACACACACACACACACACACACACACACACACACACACACACACACACCAUCUCUUCUGACUGUCUGUCUGUGUGCACAUCGAAGAAGAAGCUCGGUCAGGAUUCUGUUCGGACAGGACAUAAAGAUUUUUGACAGGCUGCUUGUGUGAAUGUGUAUGUGUGUGUGCCCGCGUGUGUACCCGUGGCUAUUUGUUGGUCUGCAUGUGUGUGUGUGCGUGCGUGCGUGCGUGCGUGUGUGUGUGUGUGUGUGUGCUAAGCAGAAGAAGCAGACUCUCCAUCUGCUUGACGUAAAGUAAGAAGAGUGAUUCCUGAUUUAUUUUUUUUGAAGGGGAGGAGGGAUUUUUUUCAUUCUUUGACUUCCCACUCAGACACAGAGACAUCAUUUUUUCACACUCAAGGACCUGCUGCUCCUUCUCGUGCCAGUGACAGCUCACUUGACAGGAUGACAUGGCGUCCUCAGUACCGCAACUCCAAAUUCCGCCACGUGUUUGGUAAGGCCGCCACCAAGGAUAGCUGCUAUGAUGGCGUGCCAAUCACACGCAGCGUCCAGGACAACAACUUCUGCGCCGUCAACCCACGGUUCCUGGCAGUCAUCACUGAGUGUGCCGGGGGAGGGGCCUUCCUGGUCCUGUCUCUCCAUCACACAGGUAAAGUGGACCCUCACCACCCCAGAGUAUCAGGCCACAAAGGAAAUGUGUUAGACAUCAAGUGGAAUCCCUUCAACGACUACUGCAUCGCCUCCGCCUCGGAGGACUCCACGGUGAAGGUGUGGGAAAUCCCUCCUCGUGGUCUGCUGAAGAACCUGACUGUACCGUUGAAGGAGCUUCAGGGUCACAGUCGCAGAGUGAGCCUCAUCGAGUGGCACCCGACUGCCAACAGCAUCCUCUUCAGCACAGGCUACGACUACCAGAUAAUGAUCUGGAACCUGGACUGUCCAGAGCAGGUGAUCAAGAACCCCGUGCGGACCAUCAGCCACCACACAGACGUGAUCCUCUCCAUGUCCUUCAACACGGACUGCAGCCUGCUCGCCACCACCUGCAGGGACAGGAAGGUGCGACUGAUGGAGCCGCGCUCAGGAAACCUGCUGCGGGAAGCCAACUGCAAGACGCACAAAGCCAGCAAGGUGUUGAUCCUGGGUAACCUGAAGAUGCUCCUCACAUCAGGCAUUUCCCGCUGGAACGAACGACAGAUAGCUCUGUGGGAUCCGGACGAUCUGUCUGUGCCUUUGUUCGUAGAGAACGUGGAUGGUUCGUCGGGGGUCCUCUUUCCUUUCUAUGACCCUGACACACACGUGCUCUACCUUGCCGGGAAGGGUGACGGGAAUAUCAGGUACUACGAGAUCAGCUCAGAAAAACCGUACUUCCACUUCCUAACAGAGUACCGCUCACACUUACCUCAGAAAGGAAUGGGUGUGAUGCCAAAGAGGGGCCUGGACGUGAGCUCCUGUGAGGUGUUCAGGUUCUACAAACUGGUGACAAUCAAGAGUGUCAUCGAGCCAUUGUCCAUGAUUGUACCCCGCAGGUCAGAGUCGUACCAGGAAGACAUCUAUCCGAUGACAGCUGGUAACAAGCCCGCCAUGGCCGCAGACGAGUGGCUCAGUGGCAUCGACAAAGGCCCAGUGUUGAUGUCUCUGAAGCCCGGAAGUCAAGUAGCAGAGUCGCACUCGGAGAUGAGCAAAGGGCUGGGAAAUUCACUGGAAACCCGCAGGUCUCAGAGCAGACCAGGCAUGCUGCCGCUGUCGUACAUUCAGGACCAACUGGGAACCAAGGACGGCAAAGAGGACAACGGCCUCGCAGACGACGACAGGUGUCGCCUGCCCGUCAGCAACGGAGGAGACCUUCCACUUUGCUCUCCUCCCAGGACGGAGAACGAGUUGCUUCUCAAGUUCCACAAGCAGCAGGAGGAAAUCCGACGGCUGAGGGAGCUCCUCAACCAGAGGGAUGUGCGCGUCACACAGCUGGAGCUGGAGAUUAAGAACAUCAAAAACUCCCAGCCUCAGGGCUCACUUUAAGAUCGUGCCCGACCCGCAGAGUCACCUUCACCUCCUCACGGGACACAUGCAUUACUAUAUAAACGUACUCACCCUACUUUGACAAGCACCACACUCGCUGCAGGGGCUUUUUCCUCUGAUCGAGCCCCCGCACUCACUGCACACGGGCGGGGAACUAAACCGCGACUUUGUCUUCGCAAUCUGUCAUUUUGUCAAUUCUACACAGGGUGCACAUGUUCUUGUACAUACACUUUAACACUUUUGUCUUACCCGGCUGACACACCUUUUGAAAAACUCUUUGCACCUUUUGACCUUUCCCCUGUUUCUUUUGUACGCUCCACGGCUAUGCAAGUUAACUGUACGUUUUUAGCUUUUUUUAUGCUCUUUGUAGCUGAGAGAUGAAAAGGAUGUUUGUGCCUGUCUUGACUGAAUGAUGUGGCCGUCUGCGUGUAGUGUGAAAGUUGUUGCAGGGCAGGAGCAGACGUCCUGUGUGAUUGUAAUGAUAACGCUGAAUUUAUUUUCUAUGCUUGGUGAUUGUCGUUUUUUGUUUUUUUUUUCCAUUAUGAAAACUACUGUUAAAUGGCGAUGGCUCUGGUUUUUAACGUACAGUUGGGGUCCUUGACUUUUUGGAUUCCACUGUACAGUAUGUGUGCUUGAAUGAGAGUGAGCUAAACGAAUCUUCCUUUCCGUUAAGCUGCACAUUUGCUUAAUUUUCUUUUAAAUUUUUCGGAUGACUGGAACAUUUGUGGAAAAUCCAUGUUUCACAGCAGCUAUUGUGUAAGCCAAUUCUGUAACUGAUGCCAUGUAGCAGUUUUGACCUUAAUUUUUUGAUAUUUAUUUUAAAAUACAGUCAACGACAAAAAGCAAUUUUAAUCGCCGUACUUGAAUUCACGUUUGUAAUUUUGGAAUAAUGCAGCACCUAGUGUGAGUGUUUAGAGGCUGCUUGCUUUUUUCCCUGAUGUGAACUCACUGUGAGGAAACAGUUUUAAAAGCCAUUAGAAAGAACUGCUCCACUUCUGAGCUUGUGUUCCACUGAUGUAGCUUCUGGUUUUCAAUGUAUUUUCACAUAGAAUCACUUUUAAUUGCUCGUUGUAAGACAAUGAUGUGAUACUGGGGUUUUCUGUUCAUGUUUGAACGUGAUCUACUACAGCACUCGACUGCGGAUUAACUCACAACUCGGAUGAGGCUGUGAUAUUAGGAGAUGAUACACACUCCUCACAGACUGAGUCAGAUGGUUUUUCAUACCAUAUAUGUGGUACGAUGCUGGACACUCAUGUCUCGCUCAGGAUAAAGGGCAUCGUCAGGUGAAAACUUUGACUUUCCCAAAUAUGGUUUCUGACCAGACUAACGACAUUCCCGUCAGCCUCAGGUGGUCUGUUUAGCAGUCAUUUUCUAUUAUUGGCAUUCUAAUAUGCUAAUGCAACACUGUAAACAUGGUGAACAUUAAAACCUGUAAAAACAUACAAGUGUCACUGUGAUUGUGUUAGCAUGCUGGUGCCACAUGUACUGGUCAAAUUCGACACCGAUCUCGGAAACCGCCUUUUGACAAAACAAAAUCUCCACUCAAGAUCCACCUGAUCGUAUGUUCUGGAGCUUUCAGUGGUCUUCAUCGGCAGAAGAAGUUACACAAACGCUGUGGAGAUUAUUGGAGGUUGCGAAGGAUCCACUCGGGCUCCAUUUUUUUUGUAGACAAGUAAGUGGAUAUUGUCCUGUCAAAAUAAGGUUUUAAAAAAAAAGCACAUAUAAGGUUUUCCUUUUGAAGAUGCGCAGAGAUUCCCAGUAUGAUAUUUUAGCUUUGGAAGAAAACCCUCUGUGAGAAAGUAUAUGGAAUUUGUUUGAGGCUAGUGGAACAGAAGUGAACAGACUUACUACAUGUGAAAGGGAACUCCAAAAUGCUGUGUCUGGUUUUUUAAGUGCUUCGCUUGGUGAACAUUGUAAAACAACCACAACAACAGGCCUAAAUAACUUUUUAAAUGUACACAACAUUUUACACUGAGCAUUUUGUAACAAGUUUUCCGUCAAGGAACUCCUGCAUUGUGUUCAUAGUCUCUGCCACGGUGUGGUCGGACCAGUUUCUCACAUUUGCUGCUCUCAGAAGUGAGGCAGUUGAUUUUUUUGGACCUGCCCCCCCCCCCCACAAGAAAACAUUCCCCUUUUCCUCCCACCAACUUGUUGAGAGAGACAAUAUGCUGAUGGACGUGUAAAUUUGCGUAGAUGUCACUGAAACGCUUGCACAUAUAAGGUAACGCGAACAAUGUAGCCGUUAAUAGAUCCUGAGAUAACCAGUCCGAUAUGAUGAUGCAUGCCUGCAGUCGGAGGCACAAGCACCAUAACGAUAUUUCUACAGUUUUACUUGUGAAAAACAAAGAAAAAGUAACACCUGGAAACUGCCACACCAACCCACAAACAAACAAACAAACACCGCCGCGCUGGUUUCAAUGCAGUUGUUAUCCGUGACCUUUUCACCCCUGUCGGGACAGUUCGAGCACAGCGUUCGUCCCCGGCCUGCUUUUGCGCCGCAGCAGCAGCAGCAGCCAGCCGAGGGGGAAUUCUAACCGCCGCUGCUGCUGUUGUUGGCGGACAAGUUUCAACACAUUCCCACCACAAGCUGCUGCAUUUACACGUGGUCAGUGGACUGGUUGGGCUGUUUGUUCACAUUUUAACAGUUUUUUUUUUUAGAUAACAGGUUUCACUUAGACGUCGCUUCUUUUCUGUCAGAGAACCAUUUCAGACGGGUGAAAUCAUAUCCACGUUUCCCAUAGACUUUAUUCAAACAGUUUUUUUGUAUGUGUCCCAAAAUUGUGCAGUUAGAUAACAAUCAUUGAUAUUCUUAGGGAAUCCGGUGCUUGAGGCAGUAUUUACCACAAAUAAAUUCUCAGCCUGUAAGAAAUACAGAAUAUCACAAGCUGUCAUUUCUGAACUGCCUUCAGCACCGUUUCACAGUGACUGAAUUGUCAAAAGAGAGAAAUCUGCCCCAUUUCACUCACACCUCAAGUUUAUUCUCAACAUUUCGACUUUAUUGAGUCACCAAACCAAUAAGAAUGUUAAUGGGAGAUGAAUCAUGGGAGAAAUCGCACUGAUUGCAAGCUACUGUCUUUCAUUGGGACAAAAAAUUGAUCACCUCACUGCCAACUACAUCAACGAUACCCACUCCUAUCCUUUAAUUCUUUUUGUGUAUUAUUAUCAUCAUUAUUAUUUGAACUAGUGCUAUUAGCAAUGCAGACGUCAUGGAUUAGUGAGUGUAUUUUUUUCUUCAUUUUCCAAAGGCACCAAGGUUUAUGAAUGAAUCAGCACAGUGUUGUGGUGUAGUGAGGAUUGCUUUGCCUUACAGAACAUUUUGAAAGUUCAGUGCUGCAAAUGAGCAUCAUUGUGUUGCCCCGUUAUGAAUGUGGCCAAUACCAAGACCUCAAAGAAUAACCUCUUAAAAAAAAACUAAAUUAGAAAAAAUGUAUGAAUUCAUGCAACUCUAGCGUUCACCAUCUGAAAUUAGUCGAUUUAUUAAACCAUUUCAUUCGAGGAUUGUUGCCGGGUUCAUAUGAGCCGCACUGUGCCUGACUCAAGAUGCUUUGUGAAAUGCAAUUAUUGUCUUUAUUGUCUUUAAAAUUGUCUGUACAAUGUAGUUAGUGAGAACGGAAAAAUAUUUCACCCCAUUUUAAUAUUGUUUUUAAAACAUGUAAAAUAUAUAUAUAUAAUAAUAAUCACAUGAAGUAUCAUUAAACUUUUCUGGGAAAUCCA